GAUGGAUCUUGAUCGCACUGUGGCCGGAAGCAGGAACCACGGCCAUGUGGCGGUCACGUGGCGGCACCUGGCUCCCCGGCCGGAAGUCAGGGCCAGCGUUCCAUGGCCCGGAUCGUUGAGCGAUUUCGAUUCCAGUACAUUUUUGUCCCUCCACGCUCGCCCUCACUGCCCUUUCUGCCAUUGCUGGCCCCGCUGGCCAUCCCUACCGACAAGUCAAGGACCAUGGCUACCUGGCAGCCAGAGGAGGAGAACUUCAGCGCCCCCGUCUUCCCCACGGCCUCGCUGUACGUGGGGGACCUGCAUCCUGAGGUAACUGAGGCGAUGCUAUACGAGAAGUUCAGCGCGGCCGGGCCCAUCCUGUCCGUCCGGGUGUGCAGGGACACCGUGAGCUCUCGCUCGCUGGGCUACGGGUACGUGAACUUCCUGCGGCUGGCGGACGCGGGCCACGCGCUCAGCAACAUGAACUUCGAUGCCAUCCACGGCAAGCCGGUGCGCAUCAUGUGGUGUCAGCGCGACCCGUCCCUCCGCAAGAGCGGUGUGGGCAACAUCUUCAUCAACCACCUGGACAAGGCCAUCGGCAACAGAGAGCUGUACGACCUGUUCGCUGCCUUCGGGAGCAUCCUCUCCUGCAAGGUGGCCUGCGACGAGAACGGGUCCAAGGGGCACGGGUUUGUCCACUUUCAGAUGCGGGAGGCGGCCGACAAGGCCAUCAAGGACAUGAACGGGACGCUGGUGAAAGGGCGCCGGGUGUUCGUGGGGCAGUUCAAGACCCCGGACCAGCGGGAGGCGGAGCGCCGAGCCAAGGUAGAGGAGUUCACCAACGUGUACGUCAAGAACUUCGGGGAGGGCACGGAUGACCAGUGCCUGCUCCGUGUCUUCAGCAAGUUCGGGCCUAUCACCAGCGCCAAGGUCAUGACCGAUGAGAGCGGCAGAUCCAAAGGCUUCGGCUUCAUCCGGUUCGAACGCCACGCGGAUGCCAAGAGGGCCAUAGAGGAGCUGAACGGGAAGGAACUCCUGGGGAAGAAGAUGUACGUUUCCCGGGCCCAAAAGAAGAAGGAGCGGGAGGCGGAGCUUAAGCAGCAAUUGGAGGAGAUGAAGCAAAGCCGGGCCCCCAGAUGCCACGGGAUCAGGCUCUACGUGAAGAACAUGGCCGAGGGCAUCGACGACGAGCGCUUCCGGAAGAUGUUUGCCCGCUUUGGCACGAUCACCAGCGCCAAGGUGCUGGAGGGGGAGCACAGAAAGGGGUGCGGGUUUGUCUGCUUCUCCGCCCCCGAGGAGGCCCGGAAAGCGGUGGCGGAAAUGAACGGGAGAGUGCUGGCCGCCAAGCCGCUGUACGUGACCUUCGCUCAGUACAGGCAAUGGCGGCCAGCCCAGCCCACUGGCCGCAGCAAGAAGAAAGCGGCCAGGGCCAAAGCCCCACGCAGAUCGGGCGCCAAGCCCCCCCGGCUGGCACAUCUAGGUCGCCUGGUGGCAGCUGCCCCACAGGCUGAGGAUGCCGCAGUGGCCCACGGGCCUGCUAGCCAAGCUGCUCAACCAGCACCUAGUCCUCGCGACUCUGAAGUGGCUGCCACACCUCCUCCAAUCCCAAAUGUGCCCGGCGAUGGUGACCCAGCCAGUCCUGGCACCGAGGCACCAGCUUCUGCCCCUCUGCCACAGGCAACCCCGGCACAGCCACAGCGUGCUGCCAGCGUACCAAUGCCCACAGCGAGUCCACGCCCCACUCCCCGCUCUGCCCUGCAGUAUCAGUACAACCAAGGCGUCUGCAACCCGCAACAGCUGGGGGCACAGCCACUGGAGAAGCGACCCAUCGCCCGUAACCAAGGCAGCAGGUGUUUGAUCGCCUCCACGCUGGCCUCAGCCUCUCCGGAAAACCAGAAGAAGAUGCUGGGCGAGUGGCUGUUCCCGCUCAUCCAAGCCCUACAGCCGGCUCUGGCCAGGAAGGUCACGGGCAUGCUCCUGGAGAUGGAUAACUCGGAGCUUCUGCUUCUGCUCGAGUAUCCGGAGUCCCUGUGUGCUAAGGUGGAGGAAGCGGUAGCUGUGCUGGAAGCCUGCCAGGCCCAGCAGGCCGAGAGGAAGCCGCUGUCUGCACCACCCGGCUUCCAGCUUUAA